UUUGGUUCCACAAUGCAUCACAAACCUCUUUGACAAUACUUCCUACUGUACUUCGCCCCACUCUGUAGCUGAAGCUUAUUGUUGUGUAAGUGUCACCAGUUGCCAAGUACCUGAAACAAAUUUUAAAAUUUCAGAGAAAACCGUCAAAAAUAAGUGGAAGAAGAUGCGAGACAGUCACCGCCAGGCUAUGCUGCGCAGGAAAACAACGACCGGACAAGCAGCUUCAGCUAUCAAGAGAUGGAAAAUUUGAAGAGCAAAUGCAGUUUCUGCUGAAAACAAUGACUCACAGACCGAGUGACACCAACGUCCCCGUGACUAUCCAACCUGAAGUAGCAACCCCCGAAGCAACUGACGACCUAGAGCAUUCUGAAGACGACCUCACUGAACUUCAAAUCGAGGAGAGCGAGUUUCCCAUCCCUGCUAGUCCGUCGACACCGAGGACCGAGAAACGGAAGAGGCCAGAUAUGGGCGCGGAUAAGAUUAUUACUUUUAUGAAACAAAAACAUGAUCAAAAAAUGGAAUUGAAACAGACUAAAAAACCAGUAGAUGGAGUAGACCUAUUUUUAGCUAGUGUUGCUCAGUCCAUGCGUAAAUUGCCCCGUCGACAGCUUCAUAAAGCAAAAGUAGCAAUACUUAAUGUGAUUGCAGCUGCAGAAGAUGAAAGUGAGUGGGAGGCAGCUGCUAGUCCAGUAUCAUCAAACAGUCCUUCCAACAACAGUGCUUCCAUGAACAUUACUAUGAUUAGGCCUUCAACGGCAGUUCCAGUACAUCUGAAAGCCCACACUUGGUUAAAUAGAGAAGUGAUGACGUACGUUCUACCAUCUGGUGCUCUCAAAGAUCACCACCUGCAAUUCAUAGCAGGUCAGGGUUCAUUAGAUGUAGCUCCUGUUACUGUUGAUGUGUGA